AUGGAAUUCCCCUGCUGUUGCAGAAACUGUAUGAGAACAGCCAUCCGAACAGCGACUUCUCUCAGUGCCAAAGCAUCCUCAAGGAAAUUUCUCCACUUCUCUCAAUGGAGGCCAUGGCAUUUGUCACAGAGGAUAGAAAAGCUGCUCAAGAAUCCACUUUCCCAAACACAUACACGUUUGAUUUGUUUGGAGGAGUAGAUCUUCUAGUGGAAAUUCUUAUGAGACCAACUCUUAUUACACAGAAAAAGAAACAGAAAAUAAGUGACGACCUGAUCAAGGACUGCUUAAGCAUAUUGUACAACACUUGCAUAUGUACUGAAGGAGUCACUAAACGAUUGGCAGAAAGAAAUGAUUUUGUGUUGUUCCUGUUUACAUUGAUGACAAACAAAAAAACAUUUCUGCAAACAGCAACGCUUAUUGAAGAUAUCCUAGGAGUUAAAAAGGAAAUGAUACAAUUAGAAGAUAUUCCCAAUCUUGCAAGUCUAGUAUCCAGUUUUGAUCAACAGCAACUUGCCAAUUUCUGUAGGAUCCUUGCAGUCACAAUUUCAGAACUUGACACAGGGAGUGAUGACAAACACACGCUUCUUGCUAAAAAUGCACAGCAGAAAAAAAAUUUGGGUCCUUCUCGAGCUGAAGUUAAUCAAGCUACACUCCUGAAUAUUCCAGGCUUUGUUGAGCGAUUAUGCAAACUGGCAACGAGGAAAGUAUCGGAAACAACGGGUACUUCCAAUUUCCUUCAGGAGUUAGAGGAGUGGUACACCUGGCUGGACAAUGCACUUGUUCUUGAUGCCCUGAUGCGGGUAGCAAAUGAGGAGGCAGAGCAGAGCAGCACAGAAUCUUCAGAUGAAAGUGGAUUAGCCAACACCUCAACAAGAACUCAGCUUCCGCAGUCCAUGAAGAUCAUGCAUGAGAUCAUGUACAAGCUGGAGGUGUUGUAUGUUCUCUGUGUAUUGCUGAUGGGGAGACAGAGGAAUCAGGUUCACAAAAUGAUAGCAGAAUUCAAAUUGAUUCCUGGCCUUAAUAACCUGUUUGACAAACUGAUCUGGAGGAAACAUUCAGCAUCAGCCCUUGUUCUGCAUGGGCAUAACCAAAAUUGUGACUGUAGUCCAGACAUUACUUUAAAGAUACAGUUUUUGAGGCUUCUUCAAAGUUUUAGUGAUCAUCAUGAGAACAAGUAUCUUCUGUUAAACAGCCAAGAACUUAAUGAACUGAGUGCAAUCGCCCUCAAAGCCAACAUCCCUGAAGUAGACGCAGUUGUCAACACAGACAGAAGUCUAGUCUGCGAUGGAAAAAGAGGUUUGUUAACCAGGCUACUACAGGUCAUGAAGAAAGAACCAGCUGAGUCCUCUUUCAGGUUUUGGCAAGCAAGGGCAGUUGAGAGUUUUCUACGAGGUGCCACUUCCUAUGCAGACCAGAUGUUCCUGCUAAAGAGAGGACUCUUGGAGCAUAUUCUCUACUGCAUUGUUGACAGUGAGUGCAAAUCACGGGAUGUGCUUCAGAGUUACUUUGAUCUACUGGGAGAACUGAUGAAAUUCAACAUUGAUGCUUUCAAGAGGUUCAACAAAUAUAUCAACACAGAUGAGAAGUUUCAGAUCUUUUUGAAUCAGAUCAACAGUUCACUGGUUGACUCAAACAUGUUGGUUCGCUGCAUUACAUUGUCUCUGGACCGAUUUGAGAACCAGUCUGAUAUUAAAGUUGCAGAAGUCUUGUCCGAGUGCCGCCUGUUAUCAUACAUGUCUCAGAUGUCCAUGAGAAUGUCCUUCCUUUUCCGCCUCAUUAAUAUUAUUCAUGUACAGACACUCACACAGGAAAAUGUCAGUUGUUUGAACACAAGCUUAGUUAUCUUAAUGCUGGCCCGAAGAAAAGACAAGCUACCCUUCUACCUGCACACACUGCAAGAGAUGGAAUAUACGGAAAAAUACCCAGGGUUCAUCCUGAACAACUUUCACAGUCUCCUGCGAUUCUGGCAACAGCAUUACCUCAACAAGGACAAAGACAGCACCUGCUUAGAAAAUAGUUCAUGUAUUAGUUUUACCUACUGGAAAGAGACUGUAUCUAUACUGCUUAGUCCCGACCGGACAUCACCCUGUGCCAUAGUUAGCUAUAUUGACGAGGCGUAUAUGGACAUUGACAGAGAUUUUACUGAGGAGUGAUUCUUCAGACUGGCUUCGAAUGGACAGCGCUUGGAGGGAGCACUGCUUUUGCUGCAAGGUUCUCCAUUCUUGAACACGGCUAAUGCUAACCAGCUGUGCCUGGAAACCUAACACUGGAGUCUAAGCUUGCAGUCUUCAGUACCUUGAAUCCGCCUACCAACAUUAAUUUUGAAGUGCAAUAUUUACUUGGAGAUGUCAGUUUUUUCCUAGAGUUGUUGUUUUAAUCACAGUAACACUGCUAGAUGCUGGGAAUAAAAGACCCUUUGGUCAAAAUAACUUUGUAAAGUACGUUUUUAAAAAACAAGUUUGGCAAAAAUCUGGCUGCUUUGCCUGAGCUUGCAAUUCCUAAUCAACAGCAUCAGACCAGGUCGUUCAAAGGCCAGGUGCUGGAUGUGGCCCGAGAUUUCUUGGAAUGAAAUAAGUCAGUGCAGUGUUGAGCCGCUGCAUUUAAAGCAAAUCUCAUGCCUCUGUGGCUUACAUUGAGACCCAUUUUCCUAUUCUUCCCCCAAACUGUACAUGUGAAUUUUAAUUAUUUAAAUGUUAAGUUUACACUAAUAUUUGGUAGCUCAGACAGCUACUGGGAAACAUCCUUCAAACAUAUUGCAGUGAGUGCAAGUGAGGGUUUCCCUGACUUGCAGUGUCCUCCCCUUCUGUGACCAGCACCUCCUUCCCCAAGACUUCAUCUGCAGCCAGAAGAAAAGGAGAGCAACUACAGUGUAGCCAGUCUGGGCACAGACACACAAUGGUUGUCUUAAUGUGUAGGACCUUUGCCAGCAAAGGGAAUACAAAUCUUUGGAUCCCUGAAGCAGGGUUUGAACGUGCAGGGCAGAUGGUCAGCCCCUGACAUUGGAUUGUACCGUCUGAAAAACUUGAUUCUGAAGAGUGUUGACCUGUUUGUAAUUGAAGUCGUCUUUGAAAUGGCUAUACUGUUAGAACUGAGUGAAUGCUGCAAUGCCCAGGCUAGUCUUAAUCCACACUUCGGUGUCCGCCCCAUGCGGUUCACAUUCAGACUGACCGAUAAAACGGAGAGUCAGGAGCAAGGGGCCAACAAGUGCAUCCAAACUGGAGCUUUAACCAAGUUUAUAAGGAGCUAUUAAUGUCUUCCCCCUGAGGGAUUUCCUUCCCCAGGGAGAUUUUACUUAAACACACAGCUCCAGCAGAUGCCAUUCCUCCAAAACGAGUCGACACAUUGGGAGACCCUUUUGCCAUGGCAGCUGCAACUCUCUUCAUCAGCUUUCCCUCGGGAGCAAAUUUCUUUUCCAUCUGUCCUUUUUUGUUUGUUUGUUUUUUCUUGGGAUAUUUGUGGGUUUGUGAAUCUUUGCUUAUUCUUAACUGUAAUAGAUGUACACUUAAAAAUAAAUGCUUCAGAUGAAAAGGCGUUUAAGUUACAAGAAUGCCUUUUCCCUAAUCCAGCUAAUUGUUGCAUCCAAAGAUUGAUGCUAUAAAUCUGCAGAGAAUAUAUUUUACUCUUAACUUAAUCUGUGUAUUUCUGGAACUUGCAGGUAGGGGCCAAGCUGUUUGCCCUUGUUUUAGACAUCCCCCUCAUCAUGUGUUUUAGCAGCUCCAGGGACUGAUCUUGGAGCCAGGACUCUUUCAUCACCUGGUUCUGAUUGAACUGGCUUGGUUCGGACAGGUGCACAGAAGCAAUCUCUCCUCCCGCGAAGGAGCUGAGCUGGGCUGGUCUCCCUGGAGGGAAGGCUCUGUCUGAUUUAUGAGACAGGACAGAGGAUCCUUCAUAAACUGAGCGUUUCUAACAAUUUUUUUAGCUUUAUUUUAAGGCACUAAAUAGGCUGGGGUUAAAGCUCACACUCACGCUCUCUUGGCUUCCAUGGAACUCUUCGUCGGCAUUAGCCGCUCGUAUAAACCUACCCUGCAAGUGGCCAGAGGUGGCUCGAUCCUUCAUUCCUACUGUGGUAGCAACCUGUUAUUCAAUGAAAAUGUCUCAGAGGAAUGGUGCGAGGGCAGGAAUGUUAACGUGAUGGACCAGAGAGCUCGCUGAUGUUGCUGCUGUCGUUAGUGUGGUUUUCAGCAGCUCCGUUGGGACUGUUGGGGGUGGCGGUGGGAUCCCAGCUGGUUAAUGUUCCUGGAAUUCUGCACUAUCCCAAAUGCAUUGCUGAGGUUUUUGCUGCCCGGAUUAUUGCCAAUUUACUAACUGCAAACAAGCGUAUUAAAUGGAAACUAUUAAAGAACUCUAUUUUAA